UAAGGGCGGGGCGUCCGGACGUCUGAAUCUGGACCUCAGAUUACCUACCCCGAGUUUCCGUCGCAGGCUGCGAGGAAAGGCUCCUCGGCUGGGUCCGGGUGCUUGGCGGCGGCGGCUUUAUCCCCGCCGGUCCUCCCCGGGCCCGGAGACACCCCCGCCCCAGUCAUGCGGAGCAGAGUAUGGAAGCAGCUGACUACGAAGUGCUAUCCGUGCGAGAGCAGCUAUUCCACGAGAGGGUCCGCGAAUGUAUUAUCUCAACACUUCUGUUUGCAACACUCUACAUCCUCUGCCACAUCACCCUGACCCACUUCAAGAAGCCUGCUGAGUUCACUACAGUGCUCCCACACCCAGGACCAGAGACCUCCGUGACCGCUGGGACCCCAGGACCUGGUGAUGGUGGCCUUUCUCUUUCCAAUCUGUGCUCAGAUUGGAGCUUUCCUUCCUUGGAUGAUGAAGAUGCCACAGUCAACAAGAUUGCGCUCGAGCUCUGCACCUUUACCCUGGCGGUUGCCCUGGGUGCCGUACUGCUCCUGCCCUUCUCCAUCAUCAGCAACGAGGUGUUGCUCUCACUGCCUCGGAACUACUACAUCCAGUGGCUCAACGGCUCCCUCAUCCAUGGCCUCUGGAACCUCGUUUUUCUCUUCUCCAACCUGUCCCUCAUCUUCCUCAUGCCCUUUGCAUACUUCUUCACUGAGUCUGAGGGCUUCGCCGGCUCCAGAAAGGGUGUCCUGGGCCGAGUCUACGAGACAGUGGUAAUGUUGAUGCUCCUUACUCUGCUGGUGCUGGGCAUGGUGUGGGUGGCGUCAGCCAUUGUGGACAACAAGACCAGCAGGGAGUCACUCUAUGACUUCUGGGAGUACUACCUCCCCUACCUCUACUCCUGCAUUUCCUUCCUUGGGGUCCUGCUGCUCCUGGUGUGUACUCCGCUAGGUCUCGCCCGCAUGUUCUCGGUUACUGGGAAGCUGCUGGUCAAGCCGCGGGUGCUGGAAGACCUGGAAGAGCAGCUGUACUGCUCAGCCUUUGAGGAAGCAGCUUUGACCCGCAGGAUUUGCAGUGAGUUGCAAUUCUUCCCAGGUGGGAUGAUAGGCAUGGCUUGGGCAAGGGCAGCACCAUCUUCUCUGCUCUCAGAUCCCACCUCCUGCUGGUUGCCUUUGGACAUGGAGCUGCUGCACAGACAGGUGCUGGCUCUGCAGACACAGAGGGUCCUACUGGAGAAGCGGUGGAAGGCUUCAGCCUGGCAGCGGAACCUGGGUUAUCCCCUGGCCAUGCUGUGCUUGCUGUUAUUGACGGGCCUAUCCGUGCUCAUUGUGGCCAUCCACAUCCUGGAGCUGCUCAUCGAUGAGGCUGCCAUGCCCCGGGGCAUGCAGGGUGCCUCCCUGGGCCAGGUCUCCUUCUCCAAGCUGGGCUCCUUUGGUGCUGUCAUUCAGGUUGUACUCAUCUUUUAUCUGAUGGUGUCCUCGAUUGUGGGAUUCUACAGUUCUCCACUCUUCCGGGGCCUGCGGCCCAGAUGGCAUGACACAGCCAUGACACAGAUAAUCGGGAACUGUGUCUGUCUCCUGGUCCUAAGCUCAGCACUUCCUGUCUUCUCUCGAACCCUAGGACUCACUCGCUUUGACCUGCUGGGUGAUUUUGGACGCUUCAACUGGCUGGGCAAUUUUUACAUCGUAUUCCUCUACAAUGCAAUCUUUGCGGGCCUCACCACUCUCUGUCUGGUGAAGACCUUCACCGCAGCUGUUCGGGCAGAGCUGAUCCGGGCUUUUGGACUGGACAGACUGCCAUUGCCUGUCUCUGGUUUCCCCAGGGCAUCUAGGAAGACCCAACACCAGUGACCUCUAAUUGGGGGUGAGAGGGAAAAAACUGGACACUGCCAUCUGCUACCCAGUCCUGAAGCGACACCAGGAGUGGGUGAUCCUUAAGACCUGGAAUCUGAGAGGGGUGGGUGGCAGAGGGGAGCUGAGCCAUCUGCACUGUUGCAUAAUCUGAGCCAGAGUUUGGGACCAGGCCCCCUUGUUUUUCCAGAUUUAACUGUGGGCCUUAGCAUGGGGUGGGACUGGGUGACUUGGGUCUGGCUCCUGGUCCCAAAUCCGUUAACACAUCAAUCUGCCUCACUGCUAUUCCAGGCCAUGCCUGUAGCCAUGUUUACAUGAUUUGAUGUGCAAUAGGGUUGGGUGGGGACAGGGGAGGGACUGAGCAGGGGCAGAUGUGGGGGGCAAAUUGUCUCCCUUUGCCUCUGGUCCAGAAGAACCUAAGCACUGUGCUAUCCUGGAGGGACUUUGGACCACCAGAGAGGUGAGGGUGUGGGAAAGAAAAGGGCACAACCAUCAGCAAUAAAGUUGAUCCCAAGGUUUGCUUUGGUUUUUUUU